CAGAGGAGUUGGGAAAUGGGCGGCUAGACCUGCCCGCCGCCUUGCAUUCGCCAGCAGGAGCGCGCUCGCGGCCGCGCGCUCUCCGCUUUCCCGGCUCCGUCGCUGACGCGUCGUAGACGUUGGGAAGUGGGAGGGAGCGGCAGCCGGACCGGGAUGAACAGCGGCGGCGGCUUCGGUUUGGGUUUAGGCUUCGGCCUCACCCCUACGGCGGUGAUUCAGGUGACGAAUCUGUCGUCGGCGGUGACCAGUGAGCAGAUGCGGACUCUUUUUUCCUUCCUAGGAGAAAUCGAGGAGCUGCGGCUCUACCCCCCGGACAACGCACCUCUUGCUUUUUCUUCCAAAGUAUGUUAUGUUAAGUUUCGUGACCCAUCAAGUGUUGGCGUGGCCCAGCAUCUAACUAACACGGUUUUUAUUGACAGAGCUCUGAUAGUUGUCCCUUGUGCAGAAGUGAUGCAGCCAACACGAACGGUUGUCAUGUGUAACACAACUUUCGAUCACCGCGAAAACACCGUCCUGGGAAAGCGUCCAUGCUUGAUAUCGUUUGGUUCAUGAACAUUAAGUUUCCAGUACAGGUAAAAUCCCAGAGGAAUCCAAAGCCCUCUCUUUAUUGGCUCCUGCUCCAACCAUGACAAGUCUGAUGCCUGGUGCAGGCUUGCUUCCCAUACCGACCCCAAAUCCCUUGACUACACUGGGUGUUUCCCUUAGCAGUUUGGGAGCCAUACCAGCAGCAGCACUAGACCCCAACAUUGCAACACUUGGAGAGAUACCACAGCCACCACUUAUGGGAAAUGUGGAUCCUUCCAAAAUUGAUGAAAUUAGGAGAACAGUCUAUGUUGGCAAUUUGAAUUCCCAGACAACGACAGCUGAUCAACUACUUGAAUUUUUUAAACAAGUUGGAGAAGUGAAGUUUGUGCGGAUGGCAGGUGAUGAGACUCAGCCAACUCGGUUUGCUUUUGUGGAAUUUGCAGACCAAAAUUCUGUACCAAGGGCCCUUGCUUUUAAUGGAGUUAUGUUUGGAGACAGGCCACUGAAAAUAAAUCACUCCAACAAUGCAAUAGUAAAACCCCCUGAGAUGACACCUCAGGCUGCAGCUAAGGAGUUAGAAGAAGUAAUGAAGCGAGUACGAGAGGCUCAGUCAUUUAUCUCAGCAGCUAUUGAACCAGAGUCUGGAAAGAGCAGUGAAAGAAAAGGCGGUCGAUCUCGUUCCCAUACUCGUUCAAAAUCCAGGUCUAGCUCAAAAUCCCAUUCUAGAAGGAAAAGAUCACAAUCAAAACACAGGAGUAGAUCCCAUAAUAGAUCACGCUCAAGACAAAAAGAUAGACGUAGAUCUAAGAGCCCACAUAAAAAACGCUCUAAAUCAAGGGACAGACGGAAAUCAAGGAGUCGUUCACAUUCACGGGACAAGCGAAAAGACACUCGAGAAAAGAUCAAGGAAAAGGAAAGAGCGAAAGAAAAAGAUAGAGAAAAGGAAAGGGAAAAAGAGAGAGACAGAGAAAAGGAACGUGAAAAAGAAAAGGAACGGGGUAAAAACAAAGAUAAAGACCGGGAUAAAGAACGGGAAAAGGACCGUGAUAAAGACAAGGACAAGGACAGAGAAAGAGAGCGGGAAAAAGAACAUGAAAAAGAAAGAGACAAAGAGAAGGAAAAGGAACAGGAUAAAGAAAAGGAACGAGAAAAGGAGAGAUCCAAAGAGAUAGAUGAGAAAAGAAAGAAGGAUAAAAAAUCCAGAACACCACCCAGAAGUUACAAUGCAUCAAGAAGAUCUCGUAGUUCCAGCAGGGAAAGGCGUAGGAGGAGGAGCAGGAGUUCUUCCAGAUCUCCAAGAACAUCAAAAACCAUAAAAAGGAAAUCUUCUAGGUCUCCAUCCCCUAGGAGCAGAAACAAGAAGGAUAAAAAGAGAGAAAAAGAAAAGGACCAUAUCAGUGAAAGAAGAGAUAGAGAACGGUCAACCUCUACAAGAAAGAAUUCUAAUGACAGAGAUGGGAAGGAAAAAUUGGAGAAGAAUAAUACUUCACUUAAAGAGAAGGAGCACAGUAAAGAACCAGAAUCAAGUGUGGGCAAAGAAGUAGAUGACAAGGAUGCACCAAGGACUGAGGAAAACAAAGUACAGCAAAAUGGGAAUUGUCAGCCAAAUGAAGAAAACCUUUCUACCAAAACGGAAGCAGUAUAGGACCGACAAAUGCACCUUUAAACACACGCUGGAAUAAUAUCCAAAGCUUUUAAUUCUUUUAACAAGAUGUUAAACAGUGAAGAAAUCCAGUUGAACAUAAAGAUAUGAGCUAACAGCUUUUCUAGUUGUUAGGUGACUUUGUGGCCAUCUUGUUACUGAGUAAGAAAAUAAAGCAUGGACAUCAUGAAAAUAACAGAUGUUACCCAAACUCAUCCUCUAAAAUCUGUGCAUUUCCAUGGUGGCUGACACACUUGUCAUGUGGUUUGUUAGUGUUUGCCAAGAAACAUUACAAAUAAAUGGGACAUCAAAGAUCCAAAUUUGUUCUGUCCAUAAAGACUGGAGAUGAUAAGCAUUGGAGGCUCUUUUGAAAAGUGCUAGUUACUGAAUUUUGUAUUGUUUUACUUUUUUAAAAAAUUUCAAUAUAUACAGAUUGAUGAUGUGCUUGAAAUCGGUGCAAAUAUAUACCCAUCCUUGUAAGUACAAAUAUGUAAGAAGUUUUAACAUUUACUUCACAAGAUUUAUAGUGAUUGUGUUAAAUUCUCACUAUUGUGUUUUCUUUUUCUCACUGUUUAGGACAGCAGUUUUCUUUAAAAUAGUUUUACAGAUUAAAAUUGCUUAAAUAAGUGGAUUAAAAAACAACUGACGAUGCAUGCUACUACUGUUCUUUCAAAAGGAAGAGCAACUGUGUUGAAUACUAAUAAUAAUGUAUUAGUAUUCAGUGUUUAGAAUUAUUGGGUUUCCCCACAAAUAAGCACUUCUUUUUUAACUUUCUUGACAUUUCCAAGCUUAUUAUGAAUAAUAUUGCAGUGUGUGUUGUCAGCUGUAGGUGGCAAAGGUGUCAUUAUAAAAAGAAAACUGGGUUUUCAGAGUGGGCUAUGGGAGCACAAGCUGAAGCUUUAGUGCCUUCUACAAUGUGGUAUACUGUUUUCUAGAAUUUUAUAUGUGCUAAUCAUUCUCAGUUCAUAUGGAAUUUAGAUGGAUAUUCCAUUCACUCCCAUAAAGAAGUAUGCAAGUAAUAUGUCAGAAGAGCUUCUUACUUAGUUCACCUAAUGCGAGAAGGAAGUCCUGUUUUCAAGAAUGAUUUUAGAGCUUAAAACAACAGUACAGUUUUGGGACCAUCAGCUUUAUACUGUGAUAACUGAAAAUGAAGCAUGUUCUUAAUUUACUUAAAUUGAAGCAAACCCUUUAGUUGUCUUCAUUAGAUCCCCUUAAUUAUUACCUCUCAAUCAUAUUCUCAUAAAUAAUGAUGUGCAGAAAUUAAAAGAGAAUACAUGAGGUGGUUUUAUGUUUAAGAAUAUGUUUAAAAUACAAGUCAUCCAUCAUUCUUUGGUUCACUUUUUGCAGAAAGUAUGCAGGUAGUAAAAUGAUAACAAUAUUUCCCCCCAAAACCAUAACUCAUGGUUUCGGAACUCUUCAUUAUUGUUAUAUUUCAAAAAAAGUUAUACUUUUUAAUUAGCAUGUUAUUGAAAAAUCAAGUAUAAUUAUUUUAAUGCAGUCUAAUACAAUCAAAUUACUCAGUUGCCUUACCUCAUGGGAAGAGUUAUGUAUAGAUUUAAAAAGCCGAGUAGCACAGCAGUUACUUGGUUUCGACUUGAGUUUUCUUUUAAUAUUAAUACUAUUGAAACUUAAGUAUUUGGUGGAGAAUGGAAAGAAUUGCCCUUAUUGCAAGUAAUGAAGCCUGGUUUGAUUAUGAAGCUGCUUAAUUCAUGUGUCCAGAAUUACUGUGGUAUUUUUUUCCUUUUUAGUCACUGUACAUUAAAAUUUUUGAAAAUGCUUUACUAUGUAAAGUAUAGAUGGUCAUUUUAAUCAUUCAACCACAUACGGUUGGCUGGUAAAGAGCUUAUUCUGAUUACAAGAAUGCUUGGUGCAUAUGGAAAGAUCGUGAAGGAGUGUGUGUCUUGCAUCAAUAGCUGUCUUAUUUAUGAUAUGUAAGUAGAAUAGAGCAAAUGUUUGAAUCUUUGUUAUUUUUAGUACCAUUUCUCUAAUAAAGCUAAGUAUUUUAGAGGAAAGUAUUUGUUUAUGCAUUUCAAAACAGCAUCUUAGUUUUAUCCUGUUCUUUUAUUUGCCAUAGAAAUUGUUUUGACUGAGUGCAUGUUUGUGUGGUGUCUACAAAACAGUCACUUAACAGUUUGUUUUCUUGUACUCUGGACUCUUAAUGUUUCUUAUGUUGUAAUUAACAUAUAAUUUGAGUCCUGCUGCUAAUUAUUUUUCUUGCUGAUUAUAUUUAUUCAGCUUUAAAAUAAUGAGACACUCAUUAUUUUGUAAAAGUUGGGUAUGAGUAGAAGUACAAGAGAUCUGGAGAAAGUUGAAAUCAUUUUCUUAAACAGGCUAUGGAAGCAAAGCUUUCUAGGGUCUAGAAAUAUUGGGGGGUGGUGUGUGUGUGAGUGAGACACAUUUUCUUUUAGUUCACUUAUAAACUGACAUGUUUCCAUUUGUUUAUUAUUUUCUUUGAAGGAAUUUUUUUUCUGUAAGACCUUUUUUUCAUCCCAGGUAGUUGUCAGAAAAACUUGAGGUAAGGCCAAAAAGAUGCCCAUUUUAUUCUUGAUACUUUCUGUAAUUAUCUUUUUUAGCUUCAUCAUACAGAGAGUACACUCUGUUUCUUAAAUUGUAAUUGCUCUUCAUUCCAGACAAAUUAUUUUGGUCCUGUUGUUCUUGUUUUUAGCAAUGCACACUGAACUGGUAAUAGAAGAUGGACCUUCAUAAAAUAGCCAGUUUCAUUUGAGAAAACAAGUAUACAUCCUUAUUUUUGCAGCCGUCUCCUUAGUUAUUAUUUUCUAUCUAAUCUGACUUACAAUUGCAAACACCAGUCAGCUUGUGAUUUUCUACUUAGAAUUUUUUUCAAGAGGUUCAACGUAUGCUAUGUUUAUCUUUAUAAGUGUCCGAGGCUUAAAUUUUGACAUGCUCAGUUAAAAAUAAAAAUUGGCAUUUAGAUUCAAUGGUUUUGUCAAGAAAGUAGUUUCUUGUGAUAGUCAUUUUCAGGACCCCCGUUCUUAUAUACAUAUGUAUAGAUAGACAUAUAUAUGUAUGUAUGUAUGUUGGUAUCUUAAAACCUAAAAAAAAAAUGACAAUUGAAAUCUUUCAACUGAAGUUAGUAUUCAGAUUUAAAGAUUAUAAUGUAGAGUAAUAGACUUUUUAAAGUUAAAAAAAAAUUAGAAAUAAUAUGAUUUGAUUUAAAUCUUAAGCAGUUGAAUUAGCAAUCAAAAUGAAUCCUUUUGAAGGAAUGCAUUGAAUAACAAUGUUUCAAUGAGUCAUUUAUGUUUUCACUAAAAGGUAGUAUCUGAAUUUAACUGGGCAGGUUAUGAAGUAGAGCCAUUUCAAUAAAUAAUUAUGUUCCUUAUGUGUUGAAAUAUAUACGUAUUUUAAAUUUUCGCUAAUUAGCAUUUUCUCAUGUUUAGUUACUAAUUCAUUUAAAAUUGAAUUGUUUUCAAAUUUCAAAAGUUAGUGCUCUUAAAAGGGCUAAAUUUUUGGAAGCAGGAGUCCAGUAUAAAUGUAACAAGUAAUCUUUUCAAAUAAAAUUGACUUCCCUACUUAA